ACAAUCAAAACACUCGGAACUCCAAUGGCUAAACCCAAGGAGCUUCAAUCUUCCGAAUCAGCCGAUUUGGCCGCCCAAAUCUGCAAUCACCUCUCCUCCGUGUUCACCGCCCCCACCGCCCUCCCUCCCCCCCUCAGCACGCUGGUCGACGAGAUCUCCGCCGCCUCCAGCCGCGGCGGCAAAAUCUUCGUCUACGGCGUGGGCCGCGAGGGCCUGAUGAUGAAAGCCCUAUGUAUGCGCCUCUUCCACCUCGGCCUCCCCGCCCACUGCGUCUUCGACAUGACCACUCCCGCGAUCGGGCCGCCCGACCUCCUCAUCGCCUCCGCCGGCCCGGGCGGAUUCUCCACCGUCGACGCGAUCUGCGGCGUGGCGAGGGGCGGCGGCGCGCGGGUGGUGGUGCUGACGGCGCGGCCGGAGAAGGUGGGGUGCGCGAGCGCGGUGGUGGCGCAUAUCCCGGCACAGACGAUGGCGGAUGAUGAUGGGGCCGGGUCGGGUCGGGAUUUGCUGCCGAUGGGGAGUGUUUAUGAGGGGGCGAUGUUUGUGCUGUUUGAGAUGCUGGUUUACAAGUUGGGGCAGGUGUUGGGCCGGAGCCCCGACGAAAUACGGGCUCGCCAUACCAAUUUGGAGUAGUUUUUAUGUUUCAUUUUCUUCUCUUCUUUUUUUUUAUGUAAAAACCUUUGAAAUUUGAGUUUUUUUUAAAAUAAACAUGAUCAAUACCACCUCCUUAUACUAGUAGUAUCAUUUUAGAGAUUCAGAGGUCCUCUUACACAAAUUCAAUACAUUAAAGUAAUUUAUAUAUUCUCCAGAUUUCUAAUAAAAUUUAUUUGAGGA